AUGUGUCAAUCAGUAGCAGAGUCUUACGCCGGAAAAAGCAUUUUUGUCACUGGUUGUACAGGAUUCUUGGGAAAAGUACUCUUAGAGAAAAUUCUCUACAGUUGUUCCGAUGUUAAAAAAAUCUACAUACUUCUUAGAGGGAAGCGGGGAUUGACGGUUCAAGAGCGCCUUAAGACUAUGCUAGAGCUACCAGUAUUUUCAAGACUUAAUAGAGAGAAUGCGAAAUUUAUUGACAAAAUAGAACCGAUAGUCGGUGACGUAAGUCAGGAAGGUCUUGGUAUAUCCCCAGAAGACAAAGUAACGCUUAUUAAUGAGGUAUCAUACGUAUUUCAUUCGGCUGCAUUGAUCAAGUUUAUCGAGCCGCUACACAAUUUGCUCAACAUAAACGUCAAGGGUACUGAGAGAGUAUUAUCUUUAUGUAAAUGUAUGAAGAAGCUGGAGGUCCUAGUCCACGUUUCAACAGUGUAUUCAAAUACACACAAAAUAUUUAUCGAAGAGAAAGUUUACCCAUCACCAAUCCCUUUGAGCAUGGUUGAUCAUUUGAUAAAAGAACAGCCAGAUGAAGAGAGAACUAAAACAAUAAUACGAGAUGAGCCAAACGCAUACACAUUCUCUAAGAAGCUGGGAGAGGCUUUGUUGGCGGAAAAACAUGGUCAUGUUCCCGUUAUUAUUAUAAGACCUUCAAUUGUAACUGCAAGUCUAUCAGAACCGAUCCCAGGGUGGAUAGACAAUUGGAAUGGGGCAACUGGUUUAAUUGGAACAACCAGCAAGGGCAUCCUUAGAGUUGUGUCCGGGAAUGGACGCAACGUUUUGGAUCUUAUACCAGUCGACUAUGUCGUUAAUCUCACAAUUGUAGCGGCUACAAAGAAAAUACUGCCACAAAGCGUAAAAGUUUACGCUUGUGCUACAAGUACAGAGAAGCCUUUGACGCUAAGGGACUUAUUAAAUCUGACCACAAUAAGUAGAAAAAGAAAUAAAUUUAAUGAACUACCAUGUCCUAGUGUUUACUUUACAAAUUCCAAAUUUUUACUGGUUUUCUUAUCGGCUGUCCUACAAACUUCUCCUUUAACACUGGCUGACGCUUUGUUACGGAUUUCAGGAAAAGACCCUAAAUACCGAAAAAUACUGCGAAGAAUAGAACAAGUCCGCGAUGUAUUACAAAUCUUCACGACAAACUCUUGGAAGUUCAGCACGAUAAACAAUUACUGUCUCUUCUCAUCUCUGUCACCGAGUGAUCAAAAAACCUUCCCUUUCAGUCCAUCAUUAAUAAAUUGGUCAGAGUAUAUUCCUAUAUACUUCGACGGAAUGGUUAAAUAUUUAUUUAAGAAAAACCCGGUUUCAUCUGCUCUCCCAUAG